GAAAUGGUGAUGCAAACCUGUUGGGCUCUGGUCUUCUGUGAUCCAGGGCCCAGCUUGGGGAAGGACUCAUAACUAAGGUUGUCUGGGCCCCAGGCCUUUCUCAGAAGGGGAUGGAGUCCUCCUUGCAGAAAGCCACCCAUGUGCCCAUGCAGCCUGGCAAUCCCUGAAAAGGCCUUCCAGCACCCUGAAGCUCCUCCGGACCAUGGUGAAGCUGCCCCUCUUGGCCCCUGCCUGGCUGUAACCCUGCCCAGGGCACUGUCAGGAAGGAGGCUCACCAGCCUCAGAGCAGGGAUUCACCCAGUUUAGAAUGGAGGCUUUUCAGUUCUGCUAAUAGAGGAACCAAGAAAUGUCCCCUAUGAAAGGAGAAGUGUGUCAUGGCCCCCUGACACACAGACCCCACUUCUGUCCCCAAGUGAGUGCCCAUUCUCUGGAAAGCCGCAAACAUUCCAAGACUGGACUUCAGUUGAAUCAUUUCAAAUUCUUCGAACUCCAUGGGUCUAGGGAAGGAUGUAGGGGCAUGGGGGAGGUGACAGGAGGCGGGGCAGGAUCCCCCAAGAGGUUAAAUAGGUCACCUCCACACUUGGCUGUCAACCUGGUCUCCUCUGACCAGAGGGGUUCACACAUAGAGACCUUCUCCUGGGCUCUCGACAUCAUGACCUCCCUGAAGAUGCUGUUCCUGGUCGCCCUCCUCCUGGGGGCUUCCCUGAAGGACACCCACGCAGCUCGAGGAGUCAACGUGGGCCGGGAGUGCUGCCUGGAGUACUUCAAUGGAGCCAUUCCUCUCAAGAAGCUGGUGAAGUGGUACUGGACCUCAGUGGAGUGCCCCAGGGAUGCCAUCGUGUUGGUGACUCGCCAUGGCAGAUCCAUCUGUUCGGACCCCGACGAUGCAUGGGUGAAGAAGGCAGUCAGAUAUUUGCAAAAUGCCUUGAAGCUGCGUGACCUCAUCACCCAGAAGUCAUGAUUCCUUCCUGUAACGGAGACUUCCCGCCUCCUUGUUCACUGCUCCAACCCUGAGCUCCCCGGGUCCAAGGGAGGCCUGAUGAGGACAAAGAGGCCCCUUGUCCCCUUGUCUGAUUAAAGUCUUUC